AUGUUGGCGGCGAAGAAGGACUCGCCUAUUCGACUUUUGCCUCUUGCCAGAUAUGUCACAAUGAAGGAAUCGACCCUCCCUGACCGCGAAAUCCCUGACGACGAAAAAGAGUGCAUAAGCCAAUCCGAAGCUGAAGAAAACGCUGAGAAAUCUACCACCUACCUUGCCUUCAUCUGCGCCAUCCUCAUCGUCGUCGGCAUCAUCCUCGAAGCUACUGUCAACGCCGAACUUACCGACCCACAGAACUAG